AUGAUCGAUGAUGCCCGAAUCGGCAUGGGAUGCGAGUCCGUCGGGAGAAUGAAAGAACUUCCGACUUCGACUUUGAUGGCGGUUAGGAAGAAGUCGGGUCCGUUGUUGUGAGUGUCCUGUCUUGGCGAGGGCGACAGGUUGGUUCUAUUCCUUCUCUUCGGCUGCUUCAGACACCCACAUCGUCCACAAGAUGCUCUUUUUCGACCGUAAGACUCGGCGACCCAGGAGGGCGCCUGCCGCAGCGAUUGGCCUGGCUAUUCUGGGCGGUCUCUGCACCGUCACGGGCGUCAACGCUGCCGCUGCUCUCAAACCGUACUGGUACGGCUUGGAAUACAUGGCACAGUAGUACGUAGUGGUCGUAAAACUCUUCGAUGACGCUGGCUUUGGUGAUUGGUCCUGAUGAGCGACAUUGGUCGAUUGCAGCUCCCCUUUUCACUCGCUUGAGGGAUGGAAGAAGACGGGCAAGACCGUGGACAUCACAGGGGUGCGUGAGAGAACUUGAGCAUCCCAGUCAAGUAUAAUUUCUUCUGUGACUUCAGAUCUAAUCCUAUAUCCGGCUUGCCUCUCUCUCGACUCAUAACCCAGGUGUAUAUCCUCCAAACGAACGGAGCAAGUGACCCGACGGCGAGCCUAUCAGCGGCGAUGCACGCCUCCGUCAAGAAAGUCGCGGGACGAGCGAACUACACCGUCCCGGAAAUGCGUUUUCUUGGCAACUAUACCUAUAAAUUGGGUAGUGACGGAGCUAUCAUGCCUUUUGGGAAAACACAGUGAGUACGGGAAUGAAAAACUGAGCCUUGCGCGGACGGGGCCUAGGAUUUCGCAUGACCUCCUUGACCGCAAUGGACGCUGCAACGUUGAACACCAAUAAUUUUCUCCGACGGCGUUCAGCUGACUUCAUCUUCCGACCAAUUCUUUGGUGUGCAGAUCCAACGAGGCGGGAUAUUCGACCUCAAAACGGUAUGAUUGCGGCGAAAGUAAAUUGGGUGAAUGGCCUUGCUGGCCCUUCAUCAGAGCUUCGGUACGUUGUGUGAAGCGUCCAUUGUUGUACUGAUACCGCCAUGGCUCAGUUCAGGGCUCACCUCGGUAAUCGUUCUCGAUAGAAUUCUCCCAGGGUGGUCGAGUCUGCCAAACAAUGGCUUGCAGGGUACGAACGCGACGCCGACGACGAAGCGGGCAAACUCGGCAUCCACGUCAUCUCGGAAGCCAAGGACAGCAAGAACACGCUGCUCGACACCUGUUCAAAUCUGGUCAGCUCGGUCCCGUCGGCGCAAGAACAAUGGAGGAAAGUGUGGACACCGGCAAUCAUUCAAAGGUUGCAAGUUUCGGAGAACUUCGGAUUGACUGACCUAGUGAGUCGAGGCUCUGAUCCUCAUCGGGGAGCGCACCGCCCGAUAGGGGCUCCUUCGCCCUGAAGUUCAAUGGCUACGGCUAACUUGAGCACACACCAUUUCGUCUCUUUACCAGGAUAUCGUCCACUUUGGGUAUCUUUGUGCCUUCGAGUCUCUGGCGAACGGUGGCAUCUCUCCCUUUUGCAACCUCUUCCGUACGUGGGAGCAUCAAUAUAUCGAAUACGAUGGCGAUCUCGACAAGUACUACGAGCAUUCAUAUGGUACCAAUCUCGCUGGAUCGCAAGGUGUGGGAUGGGUACGCGAGUUGCUCUCACGCUUGACCCGGGAUCGAUCGUACGUCGAGCAGGACACGACACAGGUCAAUCAUACCAUCGAUUCAAACGCCGACCUGUUCCCCUUGCGCCACGACUCGAUGAUGUACGCCGAUUUUACCCACGACGACCAGCUUCUUGCUGUUCUGACUCUGUUGGGUUUCUUCGAGGAUGGACCGCUGAGCACGACGCUUCCGUGUCCGAUGCGCACCUUCGUCGCGAGCAAAAUGGUCCCUUUCUCGGGCCGUUUGGUCGUCGAACGCAUACAAGGCAUCUUCGUCGAAGGCUGGAGUCAGAUCAUGUCGGAUAAGUAUGUAAGGAUCUUGGUCAACGACCAAGUGAUGAAUCUUGAGAAGCUGUGCGGGAAGGUGAGUUUUCGUGUCUUACAUGGGUGUCGUCGAGGGCAACCUACAUCACUCGAUUUCUGAAGAGCAUGGUACUGACGCACACUCGUAUCAUCUACCCGACGAUGCAGUCGAACGUCUUCGAGAAGGGAACGUAUUGCAGCAUGUGGCAGUUCGUUUCCGUCAUGGAGGGCCUGGCCAACACUGCGGCUGAAGAAUUCAAAAGAUGCUGA